AUGAGGGAAAAGGACAUGAAAAGCACAUUUGGAUGUUCAGCUCUGUGGACAGGCACUGAGAAGAGGGGCUCGGUGGCAGGCAGAUUAAUGAAUGCGAGCCCAGCACAGAGGCCAGCCUGCCAAAACCGUCUGCAAUACGUUCAGUUGUCCCCACGGCGGGCUGCAGGAGGGACAAUCAGAGGUGACAAAAGACACAGAGCUGCGCAGUCAAGUUCCCAGCAGCAGCUGCUGCUCCAAUUUUUUAACAAACUAGUGUAUAGAACUCACUCCUCAAAAUGGGAAACAGAUGGUCCUAGUGUGGACCUUGGAGAUAUUUGCUUUGGAAACGCCCAGCAUGACAGAGUCUGUGAAAGAAUUCUCAGCAGCUGGGUCCCGCUGGGCCCAGCCAAGUGUCCAGGGAGCCUGUUGCUCCCUGAAAAGGUGGUUGCCAGCCCUGGAGUUUCCCUGGAGGGCUUUGCAGCCAUGACUGUGACAGCAGGAGCAGACGGUGAUCUUGCUGAUAUUGCUGAAUGUGGUGUCUGCAGGAGCUGGGAGCCUGUUCUGGACUUCUUGGAUGCACAGCUAGACAAUGCACCCCAGCCUCCAUCACUGUUCCGUGGACCACGUGAUUGGCAGAGGGAAGAUCUAUGUCAUUUCCAGCCCUGGCUCUGUCUUCUCCACCCCUUCACACUCUGUCUUUCCACCACUCUUACAGCUGGCUGUGCAGCGCUCCCAGGCCGCAUGGGAUGAGGGAAAAUGAUGGCAAAAGACUGGUCCUUAAAUCAUGGCACAGGAGUGACCCACAUAAGAGAACUCCUGGCCAGAGACAUCAACAAGAGACAUCACAUGACUGAGAAAUAAUCUUUCAUCAUGUGAAGGCAUUGACUUUUGGAGUUAUUUGUUAUUGCAAUGAAUCUACUCUGACUCAUACGUAUUGCAAGUAUCUGUUGCCUCUUGGCGUGUGUAUGAGUUCGCCUGCAUGGCAGAGUCAAUUCUGCUGUCUGUCCCACCAAGCUCACCAAAGUUAUUUGCAUGAAGGAUCCUUCAGUCACAAAACAGUGAGAAGGGCAUGUGAACAGCAUGCAAUCAAAGCAUGUUCUCAAUAUCAUGAGUGCACAGGAGUGGAAGUGUUCAGUUCAACUGUGACCACAGGGAUGAGAGGCCACAUGGCAUGAGGAGGGUAGUGACUCCAAUCAGAUGUGCAACCCAUAGAACCCCAGACUAACUUUUGGACUAUCUUUGCACUUAAGGAAGCAUCAGCCUGGCAUCCAUUAGCAACCCAGAAGCAGUUGGAGUCUGUAUUGCAGUCCCAUCAUAAUGCAAAGCAAAAUUUACAAUUCUUUUCCCCUUCUUCUGAGAUAUAGUGCACACCCUCGGCUGCUUCCCAAGCCUCUCUUCUCCUCUAUGCCAAACCCACCCCCAUAAAACCUCUCCCUAAACCCAUUCCAAGCUGUUAUUCUAAACUCCUCCACCUCUUCCUGCCUUUUCCCAACUACUCUUUUGUCCCAGUAAAUAACUCUCCACCUUCUCCUCUGCAAAUCAAGCCGGACUUUCUGGCCUGCCUGGACUUAACGUUUCCUGUUACGACUCAUAGGCUCAAUUAGUGAGUUGAUCAUAGACCCAGAAAGGUCCAAAAAUGAAAACAGAUUCUUCUUAGGGGUGUGUUGAGGGAGUGGCUAUAAAUAUUUACACAUUAUUAUCAUUACUUUUUUUGGAUCACAGAUUGUCAACUCCACUGCUUGUGAGUUAGUCAAUCUUGGGUAAAUUCUUCACCAUCCCUUAGCCUCAAUCUCCUGCCUUGUAAAAUGGGGUUUAUUGACCUUCUCAGGAUUGUGGUGGGGAGUAAAUGAGAUGUGGUAUGUGAAUGUAGUUUGCAUAUACCCAGCAGUAAGCAAUGUUUUUUCUGCCCUUUCUGAACUCGUGGCUCCUUUGCUUUAUGUGAGCUGAGUUGGAGGUGCAGGCCUAGCCCAACGACAUAAAGGAAGGUAAACUGAGAUGCCAGUCGUCAGCAGCACCCGGUUUUGAUACCAGCUCCUCUGGAUCUCACUCUUGAGUUUCCUGGUCAACUUUCAAGUGACCUUGAAGGGAGAACUGCAUUUCCCGUGCCUCCAGCAGAGUGUUUCCACCACAAGGGAAACAUGCCCACCCCUUGUCCCCCAGGGUGGGUUGCGAAGGUUAAUGAAUUGGUAUUUGUGAAGUGCUUUGAGAUCUGUGGAUGAAAGGCCCUAUGAAGUCAAAAGCGUUGGGAUGAUUAUUAAAUUGCCUUGCCUGAGGUCAGACAGCGCAGGACUAGGGGAGCUAGAAAGGGAAGACUCGUUUCCUUUCUUCCAUUCCCCUGCUAGAACAACUAAGACCGUAACCUGUUCUUGUUAAGAUGGGCUGUCCCUCUGUGGGUGGAUGUCCUCGGGCCUCACAUCCUGUCUCUUUUAUUCCCAGCACCCUGGUUAGGACCAGGCUGUGGCUCCUCACCAGCCUGCUCAUUGGAAUGCCAGACAGCUCCCUCGCUCUUGGGGAGAGCUCUGGUUUGCUGGGUUUUUAGAAGCUCAGGGAAACUUGUCGUGUGAGAGACAGACAUUUUCACUUGACCGUGAGACCCUUCUUGAGAAAGAAGGGGCAGUUUCUCCUGUGCCAGCUGGACACCAAAACAAAGGAGGAGCUUUGCUGUGGCUGAAUUUGGGGGGUUGCAUUCUGCACCAACCAGCUCUUUUCUAAACCCCGUUUUCUUUUCUCUGUCUCUCUCUCUCUCUCUUUUGCUUUCUCCAUUCAACCAGCCUGGCAGUUGCAAUAUUUGUUUUCCAAACAUUUCCUCCAUACCUUUGUUUUUUCCUUCUCCCACAUUGGCUGUUGUAUAGACACCUCAUUGCUAUUCAGACAUCUGUCACUUUCGGAUGUCAGUGUGGCUGUUGCCACACUGAUUAGUUAAGAUGAAGAAAAAAAUGCAGUGGCAUAUAAAUAAAAAAUUAGAGACUGUCACAUUGUUUAAAAAGGGCCCACCUCCCAAUGCCAGAUCUCGCCAGAGCAGCGUCCUUCUCUUUCCUAGGUAUCCCAGCUAAGGGGACCACUUAUAAUGUCUUGUUUUUAGUGAUUAAGUGGUUAAUGAUUUAAUGAACUAAAAAAAAAUCUCAUUUGUUGCUUCCCUUGGACUUGGAAAAAACCUCAAAGAGCUGAUUUUCUGUGUACCUCAGUCCAAUAUUGCUACCUGCUGGGAUACGAACACAGUCUCUAAAUAAAUUGCUAGUGGCCUUA